CGUUCAAAGAGUUCACAGUUUCAGGUCGUACUUCAUUUCAGCCUCAAUACAAACAACCACAAUCUCCAUGUUGCUGCCGAUUCUUCUCUCCAGUGUUUCUCUGGCACUUGGUCAGUUCCUGUUUACUUCCAAUGCUGAAAUUUCCCGUCGGAAUGGGUACCAGUUCGAGUACCACCCGGACACGAAACUCUUGACGGUAAAGAAUAUCUUCAGCUGUUACUUUGUGGGAACUGACGAAAGCCUCAGGACGAGGAUCAGAGAUAAAAAUCUCAGAACAAAACUACAGGAUGAAUUAAUUGGAUUCAUUCAAGACAACCGACACAUAAUAAAGACAAGCCUUGUGCAAGCUGGCAUAGCUCACAACGAUCCCGCAGCGACGUCAAGCUGUGUUGGGGACAACCUGUUUGAACUGGAAUAUCCGUCAAAGAGCACCACCGCCACUCAGGGGCAGACAACUAUCGGAAGAACUAAACAGGGGCAUACAACUCGUCCGACCACGCAGGGAUCAACGGCAUGACCUCAACGGAAGAUUGUUAUGUUGUAACUGACCUUGCCCUCGAUGACGUUGUUUUUGUAGAAAAUGUUGAAUGGUUCAUUAAAUGUCCAUGAACAA